AUGCUUCUCAGUACUCACAUUUUACAGGGCCUCUGGGCUACUGCACUUCCACUCGCACCACCCAUCGGAUCUGCGGAUGUCUCCCUCUUGACCAUUGAGGAGGGGCCACUGCUGGUGACACUCACUUGGGUGAAUUCAAGCGCAAGCACAAGAAGGGUAAGUCUAGUCUACUUGUUUGUUAAUCUAGAUCUCUUCUCCAACCCUCAUGCUCUCCGUCGUCUAAGGACUGCUUGUGAGCGUGCCAAGCGUACCCUGUCGUCAGCAACCCAGACUUCCAUAGAGAUUGAUUCCCUCUUCGAGGGUAUCGACUUCUACACCUCUCUUACUCGUGCCUGUUUCGAGGAGUUGUGCGCGGACCUUUUCCGCAGCACGCUCGAGCCCGUCGAGAAGGUCCUCCAGGACUCCAAGAUCGACAAGGCAAAUGUCCACGAAAUCGUCCUUGUCGGUGGUUCCACGUGUAUCCCUCGUAUCGUCAAACUCGUAUCUGACUUCUUCAACGGCAAGGAGCCCAACAAGAGCAUCAACCCUGAUGAAGCCAUUGCCUACUGGUGCUGCCACACCUCCGAGAAGACGCAAGACCUCCUGCUUCUCGAUGUCUCUCCUCUAUCGCUCAAAUUUCUGCUUCUGUGCUACCAUCACAGCUCAGCAUGGGUAUCCAAGGGCUAUGGGAGGUGA